GAAUACAGGUGGGAAAAGAAACUCCACGCGUCCUAUCCGCGUCCUUCUCUGUCCUCAGCUCCACCUCCUCCCACUCAGCAGCCACCAAAUGGAUAUAUCACAGACUGCACGCGUUUGACUCGGUGGGUCUGUCAUUCUGAGCUUUAAAAAAGUUUUAUAGCAGCAACACAUCCAGCGUGGUGAAAUAAAACCAAGAAACGCAGAUAAGCCAUUUUAGCUAUGGGACUGCUCGCGGUGUGUGCGUAAUUCUCUCAGAACCCUCUGUCUCUCUCUCUUUCACGCAACAGAGUCUGUGGCGAAGAGUUUUUUCGGUUUUGGAGAGAUUUACAUGAAAGUUUUUUGUUGUUGUGCAUUCUUUCGCGCUCUAGUUUUCUCUCCGGCUGGAGAAAGCCUAUGCUCCCGCACGCGUUCAGCUCCGAGCGGCGCUGCGCAUGGGCGGCAUAGGCGGCAAUUUCCAGCCCAACAUGCUGAAUGGAGCGGACGCGCACGGCUUCCCCAAGGACGUGGACGCGGCGCACCGCGAGAAGCCGGGACUGCACCUCCGGCCCGAGCCGCUGCCUGACGCGCACGAGAGCGCGCCGCUGACCUUCCACACAGAGCAGGGCCGCUUUUACGCGGGCGCGCCGCUCACCAGCUGCCACUUCGGCCGCGGCGGGACGGGACAGGGGUACGGGACAGCGCCGGACGGUUACCCGGCUUACCCGGAGCACCCCCACCACCAUCAUCACCCCCCGCCCCCUCCUCCUCCUCACUCUCACCAUCCCACGCACCUGCAGCACGGAUACCCGCGCGCGCCGCCGCUGUGCGCGCUCCCCGGCCUGCAGGUGUGCGGCAAGACGCAGGUCCUCCUAAACAAUUUCCCACUAUGGGCCAAGUUCCACAAGUACCAGACCGAGAUGAUCAUCACCAAGCAGGGCAGGAGGAUGUUCCCUUUUCUCAGCUUUAAUAUCAGUUCUCUGGAUCCGUCUGCUCACUACAACGUGUACGUGGAUGUGGUUCUAGCUGACCAGCACCACUGGAGGUACCAGGGUGGCAAGUGGGUGCAGUGUGGCAAAGCAGAAGGCAACAUGCCAGGUAAUAGGAUGUACAUGCACCCUGAUUCUCCCAACACUGGAAAUCACUGGAUGAGGCAAGAAGUCUCAUUUGGCAAACUAAAACUCACCAACAACAAGGGCAGCUCCAACAACAUGGCACAGAUGAUAGUGCUGCAGUCUCUGCAUAAGUACCAGCCACGCUUGCACAUAGUGGAGGUGAAGGAGGAUGGAACGGAAGAUCCCUUCCUCAACUCUAAAGCACAAACCUUCAUCUUCCCUGAGACGCAGUUCAUCGCAGUCACGGCCUACCAGAAUGCAGAUAUCACUCAGCUGAAAAUAGACCAUAACCCCUUUGCGAAAGGUUUCCGGGACAAUUAUGACACCCUCUACGCACCGCCUGACUCGGACCGUCUCACGCCCUCCCCCACGGAGGGCCAGCAGCUCAUGUCGAGCAGCUGCUACCCUCACCAGCCUUACCUGCCCGAGCAGUAUGUGAGCCCACUUCAGCACAGCCGUUUCUACAGCCAUGAGCCCGUCAGCAUGGCUCACCAGGGCCCCAAAGACCCACCUGCAGGCCCUCACAGCCGCUGGUACCUCCCCGGCCAGCAGGGGGUACCCUCCAACCGCCUGGACUUCAAUACGUAUGAGGGGGACUAUUCGUCCAAUAGCCUGUACAAGCCCUUCCCACUGCAGACAUCACCCCACCACCCUCUCAGCUAUUACUCCGAUAACCCUUUCACCUCUGGGCCCGUGUCCAGUGCCAGCCCUGGGACGUGGAGCGCAGGGAGGCCAUCACCGCAGUACCUCAACCACCCCCACCCUGCAAAGCCCACCUCUGGCCUCAGCUGGUUUCACCCUGUGUCUUCCCCUUCCGCAUCCUCCUCUCCUUCUUCCAUCAAUUCCCGCCUGCACCCUCCUCCCUCACUCUUGGAGUCCCUGAGGCUUCCACUGCUCCAGGACAAGCCCAAGGAGUCCGGGGACGAACCCUGGAUGGAGACGCCAUCUGUCAAAUCAGUGGACUCAGCCGACUCUGGCCUAUUUGAGAGCGGAGAGAAUAAGAAAAGACGAGUGUCACCCUACGCCUCCAGCACUGAGAAUUCCCCUCCCAACCGUGGAAACGAUGCUUGUGAGAAGGACAGCAGCAGCGAUGCAGGCUACUAUGGUUUCUAUGGUCACUGAGAGCCAUUGGUCACCACCCAACUUGGUCUGUCUGUUUCCCACCCACUGAGAUGCAGUGUCCCCAGUGAAAACGAAUUAUAUUGUUGCUGUCGCUGUGGUAACAAAACCUCAUAUCUCUGAAAUGGCAACUUUGUAGUAGAAGAAAAAUUGUACCUCACCUAUACUACCUAUAUUUAUUCUAAGCAUGAACUGCUGCCUGAUAAUUAAGAUGAAAAUUGCUGGCAAAAGCUUAAAAUGCAGAAUGCUAGUUUAUAGCAUGGAUAAAUAUGCUGAAGAUGGUUUUGGGUGUACUCAAACGUUUUGACUGGUACUACAGAUUAAUAUAUGGAGAAUAUCAAAACUGUCCUGGACAAAUCUCAUUUUCUGAAAAAGAGAAGUAAAGAUUAUCUUUUAUUUACUAAUGUAAUGUUUUUCCAAGUAAUUUUUGGACCACUUUUAUUGUUAUGAAAUGUUCAUGCAAAAUAAAGGGCAGCGAGCAUUCAAAAAAAAAAAAAUAAAAAGUAAAAGAAAAUGGAGUUAUGAGUUUUUUUGCACUACAGCGACAAUAUUGUUAUACAAUAAGUUAUAAA